AUUGUCGAUAAAUUUCACUAUCAUUUCGCGAGCAAACCUCAACCAACGGAGGUCGUUAUCAGGAUGGGGGACAUCCUCCUGCAAUCCAUUUUAUUACCGCUGCUUGUGGUGACCUUCACAACAGCUCAACGGCCAAGCACGCUGAAAGUCAUUGACGACCUGCGCUAUGCAGACCCGUACAUGCGAGCCCACCGUAAUCUGGUCCUCGACGAACUCCACGCAGCCAGACUGAACGCGUCCGACCUUCAGUCGGAAAUGAUCCAACUCAUGGCCAAUCAGAAGCAACGGUACGUCGAGUUGGCCGUUGACGCGGAGAAAGCCCUGGUCGGGGACAUCGAUCGAGAGAUUGGCGAUGCACCGUGCCUUGGUUAUCUGCGGAACAUCGUGGAGAACAACAUGUACAUGGCUGGCAUUUUCUUCACCAACUGCGUCGAUGAGUUGGACGCUAAGCUGGACGCGGAGACCAACAGCGUGUACGGAGAACUUCAGCGAGAUGAGAUCAGUUUUAUGCGGGGAAAAUUGCUGGAUGCGUUCAAUCGGGAGAACAUGGUACGAGAUCCCGAGCGGAUUAGUGAAAAAUUGGCGGCAAAGACGGUUCAGUAUCAGCAGCUUUCAACGACCGCGAUGGCACAGUGGAGCAGUAUUGUGGGCAGAUUUCGUGACCGAUUGGUAACGGUGAGGAGUGUGUACGAGCAGUGUCUUAUCAACAACCAGAACCUGUUGCAGUUGAUUUUUGACAAUACCAAGAGACAACUGAGCCGGAUUUGUCGGCAUGGAUUGUAAUAGUCCAAAUCAUUUAUUAUCAUUUAGUCAUCGCAUAGGUUUACGAAAAAAACUUUCAUUGUGGAAAACAAAAUAUCUACAGACAAA